AUGAUCAUUGUUGUAGGGCUGAUUGGAUGUUGCGGAGCAGCCAAAGAUAUCAGAUUUUUACUUUUGUUGUACACGUUGUUCCUUCUCCUCAUUUUCCUAUUGGAAGCCCUUGCUGGUGUCUUGGCCUACAUGUACAAGGGAGCUAUUCAUGAAGAAAUUAAGCGAAAUUUGAACAGCACAAUGUUAGAGAAUUAUGAAUUUGAUAUAGAAAAGACAAAGGCCAUUGAUGAAAUGCACACCACAUUUCAUUGUUGUGGUGCCGAUUCUUAUAAAGACUGGAAAUAUAGCAGAUGGUUACGUGAAGAUGUAAAAACGCAUAACAAAGCUCCUGACAGUUGUUGUAAGACUCCAAGUUACCAAUGUGCAGCCAGGGACCAUCCAUCAAAUAUCUAUUAUGAUGGCUGCGCUAAAAAAUUAGAAGAAUUUUUCCGAGAAAAUUUAGUCAUUAUUGGUAGCAUUGGAUUUGGACUGUGUUGCUUACAGGUGAGUUGUCUCACUUUUGCAUAUUACCUGAGCAAAAAAUAUUUUAAUAAUUACAGAUUGUUAUCAUAG